AUGGGUUUUUCCAACGACUUCCUUGGUCUCAAGCCAGUAAAAGCAUGGCAACUACAAACAUGCGACUCGGGAACAUACUGCUGCCGCGGCGCCGACGACACGAAGAGCUGCUGCAACAACCAGGACGCACCCCACAUCACAACCACCUUCAGCGCAACCCUCCAACUCCAAACCCCGAGCCCGGCUGCCGCAACCACUGCCCCACCUCCCAAUACUUGCUCAAAAGAAAAGAAGGAAACGGCAAUAGUCGGCGGUGUCCUCACGGCUGUCUUCACCAUGAUCAUCGCAGGCCUAGCUUCCACUAUAUUCUGGAUGUACAAGAGGGAAAAGAGACAGCGCAAGCUGAAGGAGCACUACGAGGAGCAGUUCUCCCAAACCAACGCGUACCGCAAGGCACUGGCAUCGAGCGCCGGAUCCUGCAGAGGCAGUGUCAUGAUGGACGACUUGAAGCCCAAGUCCAGCCACGGUCCCGCAUGA